AUGCUGGGAAGCACAGCUGUGAUGCUGCUACUGCUGCUCCCCUGGACUGCACAGACCCGGGCAGUCUCUGGGAGCAGCAACCCAUCCUGGACCCAGUGCCAGCAGCUGUCACAGAAGCUCUGCACCCUGGCUUGGAGUGCACAUCCAUCAGUAGGACAUGUGGAGCCACCAAGAGAAGAGGCAGAUGAAGAGACUACAGAUUAUGUCCCCCAUAUCCUAUGUGGGGAUGGCUGUGAUCCACAAGGACUCAAGGACAACAGUCAGUUCUGUUUGCAGAGGAUCUACCAGGGUCUGGUUUUCUACCAGAACCUGCUGGGCUCAGACAUUUUCACAGGGGAGCCUCCACUAUUCCCUGAUGGGCCUGUCAGCCAGCUUCACGCCUCCCUGCUGGGGCUCAGCCAACUGCUGCAGCCUGAGGUUCACCAGUGGGAGCCUCAGAUUCCCAGCCUCAGUCCCAACCAGCCAUGGCAGCGCCUUCUUCUGAGAAUCAAGAUCCUUCGCAGCUUCCAGGCCUUUGUGGCUGUAGCUGCCCGAGUCUUUGGCCAUGGAGCAGCAACCCUGACCCCUUAA